AUGGCAACUUUGAGCCACUGCAGGUGGCUAAUGACAUGUGCUAUAGUUUUUCCUGUGCUUCUUGCUAGAACAAAUUGCAUUGACAUCUAUCAUGAAUGGGUGGUUUCUUUGGAUUCCACCAUUAAACCAGUUUCAUCUCCUCAGCCUGUUAUAACUAUUAAUGGAAUGUUUCCAGGACCUCUCAUCAAUGCCACAACUAAUGAUUUUGUUCAUGUGAAUGUCUUCAACAACCUGGACGAACCUUUCCUUAUAACAUGGAAUGGCAUUCAGCAGAGAUUGAAUUCAUGGCAAGAUGGAGUUUCAGGCACCAACUGCCCCAUUCUACCUGGCACAAACUGGACUUACGUAUUUCAGACCAAAGAUCAGAUUGGAACUUUCACCUACUUCCCCUCCAUCAAUUUUCAGAAGGUUGCUGGAGGAUUUGGUCCAAUUCGAGUUAACAACCGGGUGGUAAUUUCAGUCCCCUUCGGAAAACCAGAAGCUGAGUUUGAUCUUCUCAUUGGUGACUGGUUUAAUGUUGACUACAGGGUUAUAAGAUCUUCCACACAACGCAAGUUCCCUGUAUUUGGUGCUGUUCCUGAUGUAAUGCUGAUGAAUGGAAACGGACCUUAUGGACACCCUGACUCAAAAACACACGAGUCUUUCACUGUCACAAAAGGGAAGACAUAUCGGUUCAGGAUUUCAAAUGUUGGAAGUUUUUUCAGUUUCAACUUUAGGAUUCAAAAUCAUCAAAUGGUAUUGGUUGAGACUGAAGGAUCUUACACAAACCAAGUAGUUCUAGAGUCUCUCGACGUUCAUGUAGGUCAGUCUUAUUCUGUUCUUGUUACUGCUGAUCAAGAUGAAUCCGAUUAUUACAUGGUGGCUACUCCGAAGUUACUCAAUGCAAGUGAUGGUAGCCCCCUUGUGGCAAAAGGACUGCUACACUAUGCCAAUUCUGCUAACACAGUGAGCGGACCUCUACCAAGUGGGCCUGAUCCAUAUGACAUUGAUUUCUCAGUUGGUCAAGCUAAAUCAAUCAGGUGGAACUUGACCACAGGAGCUGCAAGGCCUAAUCCACAAGGCACCUUCAAUAUAACAAAUAUAACCCUGUCACAGACAUUUAUUCUCCAUGGAUCAAUUACCGAAAUUGAUGGUUUGCCACGAUUUGCAGUGAACAACGUGUCAUAUCUCGCUCCAAACACCCCACUUAAACUUGCUGAUGAAUUUGUUAAUGGAUCCGGUGUCUACCAACUUGAUGCAUUUCCUACUCAGGCCAUCAAUGAUGCAGCUGCAUACGGCGCUUCUGUUGCAAGUGGUAUACAUAAAGGGUGGCUAGAAAUUGUGCUCAAGAAUGAUCUAGGCAUGGUGGAUUCUUGGCACUUGGAUGGCUUUGGGUUCUAUGUAGUUGGAUUUGGUGAGGGAGAUUGGACACCUGAAUCAAGAGCUUCAUACAACCUCUUUGAUCCUGUUGUUAGAUCCACUGUGCAAGUGUACCCAAAGAGAUGGACAGCAGUGUAUGUGUUCCUUGACAAUCCCGGAAUGUGGAACCUAAGAUCACAGCAUUUGAAAAAUUGGUAUCUGGGACAAGAACUUUACAUCAGGGUAAAUGACGGUGAUCCCAACCCUGCCAAGGAAAACCCACCCCCUGAAAACGUCCUCCUAUGUGGUCAGUGA